CAGACAGACAGCAGGGAACAGCUGCAGCACGCGCUUCGCCUAGGAUUUCACUGCACUGCAAUUUCAAAUAUCAGCCGUUUUCAUCCACGAAGCCCACGUCGCGCAGCUCGACCGAGCAAAGCCCCCCAUCCCCUCCCAGCACUAACCAGUAGAGAAAAUGGUCGACCGCGAGCAGCUGGUGCAGAAAGCCAGGCUGGCCGAGCAGGCAGAGAGAUAUGAUGAUAUGGCAGCAGCCAUGAAGUCGGUGACGGAGUUGAAUGAGGCCCUGUCCAACGAGGAGAGGAACCUGCUGUCCGUGGCUUACAAGAACGUGGUGGGAGCCCGCCGCUCCUCCUGGAGGGUGAUCUCCAGCAUAGAGCAGAAAACCUCCGCUGAUGGCAACGAGAAGAAGAUCGAGAUGGUGCGGGCCUACCGGGAGAAGAUUGAGAAAGAGCUGGAGGCCGUGUGCCAGGAUGUGCUCAACCUCCUGGACAACUUCCUGAUCAAGAACUGCAGCGACACGCAGCAUGAAAGCAAGGUGUUCUACCUGAAGAUGAAGGGCGACUACUACCGGUACCUGGCCGAGGUGGCCACCGGCGAGAAGAGGGCCACGGUGGUGGAGUCCUCGGAGAAGGCCUACAACGAGGCGCACGAGAUCAGCAAGGAGCACAUGCAGCCCACCCACCCCAUUCGCCUGGGUCUGGCUCUCAACUACUCUGUGUUUUACUACGAGAUCCAGAACGCCCCGGAGCAGGCCUGCCAUCUGGCCAAGACCGCCUUCGACGACGCCAUCGCCGAGCUGGACACCCUCAACGAGGACUCCUACAAAGACUCCACUCUCAUCAUGCAGCUGCUCCGAGACAACUUGACACUGUGGACAAGUGACCAGCAGGACGACGAGGGCGGGGAGGGCAACAACUAAAGGGGAAGCCUCACCUCGAAAAUCAGAAAGUCAAAAUAAUUACAAAGGGCCGGUGGACUUUGGCAGCCGCUUUCGCCGAUGAAACUACCGCAGCAGCAGUUCUUUAUUUUUCCAUGUGUUAAAAGAAAAGAAUCAAAAAGAGAGGUGAGCGUGGGAGGUUAAAAUCUUAGUUCAAAUAUAUAUAGAAAUAUAUAUGACAGUUGAGAGGUGAGGCCUCCGUCUUCUUGGUUUUCUCUUUGACAUUUGCCAAAAACCACUGAUACGUCAGCCAAUCAGCCUGAAGUGGUUGUUGUUGGAUUGAAAUGGCAGCCUCACACUGGCAUAGGAACUGAUCUUGUUCUGUCAAGAUAAGCUGCUUACUUAGAUUUUGUGUGAUAGAGAUGCAUUUGAGUCACUUGAGAGAGAAAAUGCUUGAAUGGGGAAUAAAAAAAGAAAGGCCUCACUAAAAAAAAAAACUAAAAAAAACUAGGCUGCAUUGGUUCCAGUGGUAGAUGUAAGGGCCCUGAAAGCUGUUAAUUUUACUCUGACAAGUAGAAAAAUCUGCAAAGAUCCCCUAAAUUUUUACGUGAUUAUUUCAUUUUGAAAAUUCGGUCAAAAUGAGCUCCCUUACUGCUAAUUUAAAUGUUUUUGGCAUCUUACAGAUAAGUCUGUUGUGUUAUUGGAGCCACUGAUUCUUUUUGGAGGUGAGGGUUACUAAAAGGCAGAGACUUAAGGAAAUGAAUUACAAAAAUGGAAAAAAAAAAAAAAAAAAGACAAAAAAACCCCAAAACAGAUAAAAGCAGCUUCAGAGUUUGUGGUUUACUUCUGUGUUCGUUUUAUUAAAUGCACAUGCCUACUAUACUGUUUCUUCAGUGUAAGAUGACAACAAUAAUAUUGCUUAUUCAAUAUUGUGCAUGCUGGUGAUGUAUUUAUAUACAGUAGCUUGACUUUAUUAACUUAUACUGUGGGUGUUACGUAUUCAUAUGAUUGAGGAAAAAAAACAGGCUUUGUCUAAUGUUGAUAUUUUUUUAUUUCUAAUUUAUUUUUAUUUUAUUAUUUUUUUUUUUAUUUUUAAUUUGCUAUACCAAAAUGGUGAUCGUAAAAAGUGACCUGUAACGGCCGUUGCUUUAGUGACAUGCAAUAUGUGUAUUUAAUUUGUUAAUGAAAGAAAAAAAAGGAUAAUUUACAAAAAAAGAGAGAAAAAAAAAUAACCCACCAGUGCUUACUUAAUCUUACCAGCUGGUGUUUUUUUUUUUCACUUUGAAGAAUGAUUAUGACAUAUUUUGUUCUUUGAACAGUAUUUACGUACUUUUUUUUCUGUCACGCUAUCCAGUUUGAAAUGACAAUGGUGACGUUUCCAAGGCUCGAUGUUUCUGUUAUGAAUCUGCCUACAUGGACCAUAUUUUGUUUCUGACGGUAUACGUUUGACUUUUUUUUUUUUUCUAUUUGUUUUUAUAACUUUUAGCUGUUUUCCUGAGUGACAAAAAUAUCUUGAAUGUGAGUCAUUAUGUAGCAGUUGCACAAGAACCGGAAUAAUAGCUAUGAUAAUAAAAAAAGAACAUGACUAAAUUAUACAUGCACCAUUUCCUCGGUGGUCUAGUGUAUUGUUGUGUUGUCACCCGUGAGAACACUUUGCAUUUAAGAGGAAGCCCUUCGUUCGUAGCUCGUUUUAUCGUUUCGUGUGCUUUAUUUUCCGUGCCUGUAUCGUUUCUACAUGCCUCAUUUGCGAGUAAAUCUCUAGCAUUAAAAAGAAAAAAAAGAAAAAGGGAAUCUAUUACGGUAUUUUGGACAUCCUGCAAGCAUGUUAUAGAUAUGCACAUUAAACACUAAUGCACAACGUUACACCGCAGAGAACGCUUCAGUAAAGUUUCAGAACAAACACACACACAAAAAAAGCUGCUGAACAGAUUUGUCGUCGUUAAUGCUGCUACUUCUAUAGAUUAUUUAUAUAUCACAUGGACAGCAGUUUGAUCGACUUUUAUUGUUUUUUUUUUUUGUUUUUUUUUAAAUCAGUGGUUUGAUGGAUUUAAGAGGGAAACCAGAAGCCUUAAGGCCAGUAACACAACCUUGUUCAUGUCUGCCAAUUAUGCGUCUCCAUCCUGAAUCAGCCUGCAUGAGCUCACAGUAUGAAACAGCUGCUUUGAUUUAUUUUUAAAUGUAUUGAAGAGCAGAAGCUCCAAAAGCUCAAUUUUAUUUUAAUUUAAUUUUCAGUUUUUUGUUGUUGUUCUUUUAAGUUAUUUGUAAAAGAAAAUCAUGUCUGGGACUUUCAUUGUCGCUAAGAGACUUUGCAUUGCUCGUUUUUUUUUUUUGUUUUUUUUUACUUUUCAUUCAGUUUUCUCUGCUUAUUUGGCUUUUAUUGUUGUUUCUGUGACUCAGCAUCAUGCAUGUACACAUUAUGAGGUAGUUUGAUCCAGAGGAUCUGACCUAAUGGUGAAACUGGGGAUACAGCCUGUAUGGUUAGAGUUUAUUUUAUUUUUUUGGUUGCCAUCUGUUGUCCAUUAAAGUUAUUUGUUUAUUG